AUGGUUUCUCUCGUUUCCAGGUCUUAUGGGGAGAUUGUAGGCGACAAUAUAACAAGUUACCUCUGCAUUGUAUUCACGGCAAGCAUUUCAGAUAGGGAAAGGCAGGAAAUAAUUACCUCUGAAAUUCCAUGUGAGAGGAUGGCUUUUUUCAGGAACUAUACUAACGAAACUGUUUCACAGAGUGUCCUAGAAGGAAAAAGGCAAGGCCAGAGUACAAGUAGCAUGUUAGGCAAUGAGGAUAUAGAUGGGACUUCUAGUGAAAGAGAAUUGGAUAUGAACAUGGAUGUGCAAUAUGGAAGUGAACCGGAUGAUGUGGGUAGGUUGCAGAGUGAUGUAGCUGCUGAUAAUGAUACCGGUGUGAGUAAUUCAGAGUUGCAACCUUCUGGAAGGAGAAAUGUGGCUGGAAAAUGGGGCUCCAGUUUUUGGAAGGACUGUCAACCCAUGGGUACUCUCGGGGCAUCUGAUUCUGGGCAAGAUUCCAAGUCAGAGGAUGGAAAUGCAGAAGGGUCAGAAGAUAAUGUAUCGAAUGGAAAGGAUGAUGGAUUAGAGUUGGAAGAUGAUGAGGGGCAAAAAGAAGAUGGGGAGGAUCAAAGUGACUCGAUGCAUUAUAGGGGGGUUAGGCAAUCUGUUGAUUUGAGUUCUAGGCUGCAAUCAAAGCCUGUACCGAUCAAGAAUAAUUUGUCCAGGAGGUCAAGAGGUUUGCACAAUGGUGAAGGUUAUGAUGACGAUGACAAUAAUCAUGAUGGCGAUGCUGAUUAUGAGGAAGAAGACGAAGAUGAAGAUGAUCCUGAUGAUGCAGACUUUGACCCUGAUUAUGGCAUCACGAGUGGACACACAGGGGCCAAGGAUAAAGACUGGGAGGGUGAAGAUUCAGACGAAGAUGAUAACAGUGAUGAUUUGGUUAUCUCAGAUGGUGAUGAUGAUGAUGAUUUUUAUUACACAAAAAAACAUAAGGGUAGGCAGCAGGUUAAAGGUGGGCGUAAUACAAAAUCUGCCAGAGAGCACAAGUCAUCACGUGCUUCUGGUCGUCAAAAGAGAGGGAAAACAUCAUUUGAAGGGGAAGAGUAUUCGGCAGAGGAUUCUGACAGUGACAGUGAUGCAGAUUUCAAGAACAUGACCAAGAGAGGUGCUCAUCUCCGUAAAUCUAAUGCUCGGUCCACUAUGUCAACAAACAUUGGUGGAAGAAACGAUGAGGUUCGCACUUCUAGUAGGUCAGUUCGUAAAGUGUCAUAUGUUGAAAGUGAUGAAAGUGAAGAAAUUGAUGAAGCGAAAAAGAAGAAGGCCCAAAAGACUAGGCUUCAGUUUUUGGAUGAAGUUGAAGAAGAAGAUGGUGACUCCAUUGAAAGGGUACUGUGGCAUCAGCCAAGGGGCAUGGCCGAAGAUGCAAUGAUGAACAAUAGAUCAACAGAACCUGUUCUGUUAAGCCACCUGUUUGAUUCUGCCCCUGAUUGGAAAGAAAUGGAGUUCUUGAUAAAGUGGAAAGGGCAGUCACAUCUGCACUGUCAAUGGAAAUCUUUCUCUGAAUUACAAAAUCUAAGUGGUUUUAAGAAGGUACUGAACUACACUAAAAAAGUGAUGGAAGAUGUGAGGUACAGGAGAUCAUUUACACGCGAGGAGAUUGAGGUCAAUGACGUGAGCAAGGAAAUGGACUUGGAUCUAAUAAAGCAAAAUAGUCAGGUGGAGAGAAUUAUUUCUGAUCGAAUCACUAAAGAUAGCUCUGGUAAUGUCGUGCCGGAGUAUUUAGUCAAGUGGCAAGGACUAUCUUAUGCUGAAGCAACCUGGGAAAAGGAUGUAGAUAUUGCUUUUGCACAAGAUGCUAUUGACGAGUACAAGGUGCGUGAGGCUGCAAUUGCUGUACAGGGGAAAAUGGUGGAUCUACAGCGUAAGAAAGGAAAAGCAAGUUUAAGGAAGCUUGAUGAACAGCCGGAAUGGUUGAGAGGAGGAAAGCUUCGUGAUUACCAGCUUGAGGGUUUGAAUUUUCUAGUUAACAGUUGGAGAAAUGACACAAAUGUCAUUUUAGCUGAUGAGAUGGGUCUUGGAAAAACAGUUCAGUCAGUUUCCAUGCUUGGUUUUUUGCAGAAUGCUCAGCAGAUCUCCGGGCCGUUUCUUGUUGUUGUACCUUUAUCAACUUUGUCUAAUUGGGCUAAAGAAUUUAGAAAGUGGCUUCCCAAUAUGAAUGUUAUUGUAUAUGUUGGUACUCGUGCUAGUCGAGAGGUUUGUCAGCAAUACGAAUUUUACAAUGAUAAGAGAGUUGGCCAGCCUAUAAAAUUCAGUACUCUGUUGACCACAUAUGAAGUUGUUCUGAAGGAUAAGGCAGUGCUGUCCAAGGUCAAGUGGAAUUAUUUAAUGGUUGAUGAAGCUCACAGGUUAAAGAACAGUGAAGCGCAGUUGUACACAACACUUUUGGAAUUUAGCACCAAGAACAAGUUGCUAAUUACUGGCACUCCAUUACAGAACAGUGUGGAAGAGCUAUGGGCUCUGCUUCAUUUCCUGGAUCCUGACAAGUUCAGGAGUAAGGAUGAUUUUGUUCACAAUUAUAAAAAUCUUAGCUCAUUUAAUGAAAAUGAGCUUGCUAAUCUUCACAUGGAAUUGAGGCCUCACAUUCUCAGAAGAGUUAUCAAGGACGUGGAGAAAUCCUUGCCUCCAAAAAUAGAGCGCAUUCUGAGGGUUGAAAUGUCUCCCCUCCAGAAACAAUACUAUAAAUGGAUUUUGGAACGUAACUUCCAUGACCUGAACAAAGGAGUUCGUGGGAAUCAGGUUUCACUUCUGAAUAUUGUGGUAGAGUUGAAGAAAUGCUGCAACCAUCCCUUCCUAUUUGAAAGUGCGGAUCAUGGUUAUGGUGGGGACAUCACUAUCAAUGAUAGCAGCAAACUGGAGAGGAUUAUUUUAAGCAGUGGAAAGCUAGUUAUACUCGACAAACUACUUGUCAAAUUGCACGAGACAAAACAUCGUGUCCUUAUUUUUUCCCAGAUGGUCAGAAUGUUGGAUAUAAUAGCUCAAUACAUGUCACUCAAAGGGUUCCAAUUUCAAAGACUUGAUGGUAGCACAAAGGCUGAAUUGCGUCAGCAGGCAAUGGACCAUUUCAAUGCACCUGGCAGUGAUGAUUUCUGCUUCCUUCUUUCAACUCGGGCUGGCGGCUUAGGCAUCAAUCUUGCAACUGCUGACACAGUUAUAAUAUUUGAUUCAGACUGGAAUCCCCAAAAUGAUCUACAGGCAAUGAGUAGAGCUCAUAGAAUUGGGCAGCAAGAUGUUGUUAACAUCUAUAGAUUUGUGACAAGCAAAAGUGUUGAGGAAGAUAUCCUAGAGAGAGCCAAGAAAAAGAUGGUUCUUGAUCAUUUGGUGAUCCAAAAACUAAACGCAGAGGGUAGAUUGGAAAAGAAAGAAGCAAAAAAAGGGGGUCAUUUUGACAAAAAUGAGCUCUCAGCAAUUUUGAGAUUUGGGGCUGAGGAACUUUUUAAAGAGGACAGAAAUGAUGAAGAAAGCAAGAAAAGACUCUUAAGCAUGGAUAUUGAUGAAAUUCUUGAAAGAGCAGAGAAAGUUGAAGAGAAGGAAGCUGAAGGAGAGCAAGGGAACGAAUUGUUAGGUGCUUUUAAGGUUGCAAAUUUUUGUAGCGCCGAAGAUGAUGGGAGUUUCUGGAGUCGUUGGAUUAAACCAGAUGCUGUAGCUGAAGCUGAAGAUGCUUUAGCUCCUCGGGCUGCAAGAAAUACUAAGAGUUAUGCUGAGGAUAAUCAACCUGAGAGAAGUAACAAACGGAAAAAGAAAGGUUCUGAACCACCAGAACCACAGGAGAGAGUGCAUAAGCGUCGCAAAGCUGAUUUCUCUGCCCCCUUAGCACCAAUGAUUGAGGGAGCAUCUGCCCAAGUGAGAGAAUGGUCUCAUGGAAAUCUGCCUAAGAGAGAUGCUUUACGUUUUUCUCGUGCGGUGAUUAAGUUUGGGAACUUGAACCAAAUAGACUUGAUAGCUGAGGAGGUUGGUGGAACAGUGGCUGCAGCUCCACCUGAAUCACAAAGGGAGCUUUUUAUUCUUUGGUUGAUGGUUGCAAAGAAGCAGUUGAAGUUGGAAAUCUGGAGCCAAAGGUUUGUUAUUCUGUCUAUGCAUGCUGGCCCUUUGUUGGAUUUUUUUGGUGUCCCUGUGAAGGCAAAUGAUCUAUUGAGCCGUGUGCAAGAACUUCAGCUACUAGCAAAGCGGAUUAGUCGUUAUGAAAAUCCCAUUGCACAAUUUCGAGUGUUGAUGUACCUUAAGCCUUCAAACUGGUCGAAAGGAUGUGGCUGGAAUCAGAUUGAUGAUGCAAGAUUGCUUCUGGGAAUACACUACCAUGGAUUUGGCAAUUGGGAGAAGAUACGGUUAGAUGAAAGGCUUGGCCUUUCAAAGAAGAUUGCUCCAGCAGAACUCCAGCACCACGAGACCUUUCUACCACGUGCUCCAAAUUUGAAAGACCGUGCCAAUGCACUUCUGGAGAUGGAACUUGCAGCUAUUGGUGGAAAGAAUGCAAAUGCUAAAGGGGGUCGGAAGGCUUCCAAGAAGGGGGAGAGAAUCUUCCGAACAUCUCUGUUUCUCGGGCCAGGGACAAGAAAGUAA